UCUCCGAACUUAAACGAAAAUCAAAACAACAUCAACCGCAUCAACCUAACAUUCUUAACAGCGGAUGCAGAGUUUUUGUUAUCAAAAUGGAAUUACAAGAAAAUAAUUUAACAGCCGGAAGGAACUACUCACCACAUAUGAAUAGGUUGGCAAUCCCUUCAUUGGAGCAAAUUGCACUCAAAUACAAAGACGACUACGAGCUCGUCAAAUGUACGCGACUUUUUUUCCAGAAUCAGAACGAAUUCAGUUCAAAAUGUUGUCAAAUGAGCAGACCUCAUUUGAGGACCUACAUAUGUAUUCUGCUCGAAAAUUGUGAUUCGAAAAGUGAAAAUUCAAAGGAUGUGCUAUUCGACGUUGAGUACAUUCUGAAGUCAUUGCUGACCAAAACAGAAUUGAUCGGCGAAAAUGGUGUUUUCAAUGAGGUGUUGGAUGUGCUAUCGCUCACAAUUUCAAUUACCGGUUCAUCGUCCAAAGACAUACUUGAAGCCUAUACGAAAACAUUGACAUUCGUUGAUGACGAGAAAAUUGGCUGCGGCCAAUUAUCGGUCGCAGAAAUUGUUUACGACUUUUAUCCGGAACUCAUCGUUCAUUCCAGUCAAACAUCGAUCGUAAAAUGUCUCUUCAGCGAAACACAGACCAUUCAAAACAGAAGUUUGAAAUUGGUGCGCCGGAUGCUAGAAGGUGACUGUCGAUCUGGCCUAUUGGAUGAAAUUUUGUGCGAAAUCGAAAAGAAUGAAACUUCCAAACGAAUCCAGUGCCUUGCAGCAUUAUGCUAUUUAAUUGAAUGUACCGGCUUCAGCAAUGCUUAUGCAAAUAGACCUUCGUUACGUACAUAUCUGCAGAAGGAACUGCUGUCAACCGAUAGAUCAGCAUACAAAUACGCGCUGUACAUUCUACGGAAAUUGAUUGAAAUCCAUUCGAUCGGUAUUGAGCAUACGCUACUUAGUGGAUCGGAGAUCAGAGCACCGUGGGAAACGUUUUUCCUGAUCCAAGAAACCUUAGAUGAGAAACAAAGUCAUCUGAUUUUGCCCGUGUUGGAGCAGCUGCCGAAAACGGAAAUACUUCCAAUGAACUGGUACUAUGUGUUAAUGACACAACUUUUACGCCACGAGAACACCGUAGUUCUUCAAUGUGGCUUAAAAUACGCCAUAUCCAACAUUGUAUGCGAUGCUGAAUCAAUAAAGUCAGAUCCGUUGAUGGGUGAAUUUUUCACAAGUCUGAUGCUGGGACUGAACAAUACAUCGAUCUAUGCAAAGUCCGAUUUUCCUGUGGAAAAAUUGAAAAACUUUUUCGCGCCAGUCGUCGACAUUGCUUUCGACAAAUUCCUCACAAUCAACUGGAAAUCAGUACCCAUGUACCACAUGAUCAACGCUCUAGCCGAUCUAAUUUUCGAUCAUCAACGGCAUAACAGCGAAUUGGUGGCUGAACAAUUCAUUAAAAUCUUGCGAUUGGUUCACCAAGUUCCGAAUGUUCACAUUCGGAAAGGCAUCCAAUCAAACAUUCGACGAACCAUUCGUCCCAUUUCCGGUCAUUUAAGUGUCGAGACAUUCGCUCAACUAGUACAACUGGCGUGCAUCGAUACAAUGAAAGACAUGGAAUUCUUGAAGUUCGACCAUUGGACGCACGAAGACGUUGUUACCGUUCUGGGACACGACACUCUGGGAGAUGAAAUGAAGAAAACGUUUUUGUCGUGGUUGGAGAUAACCGAUGACGAUGUGUUGGCCUUAUUGAAGUUGAUGAAGAUGAAUGGCUAUCCGUACUUUCACAAUUUUGAAGUGUGGGCUGCACUGCAUUUCUACACUAUAAACAUUUGGCUGUGCAAUGCGCUAAAGGGCGAUGGUCUGGAACUGGAAACGGUCCUUUCGAUGUAUUACUUAUUGUUUGUGAUUAAUGAUGGUCAGCACAACAAGGACAUCGCUAGUGAAAUUGCGAAGAAGUACGCAUUUGCUUCAACAUUAAAGCGAAACGUUCUGAAACAUCAGCAUCUGGUCGAUUGCCUCUGCCAAUUAUAUUCGACAAAUGUUGGCCUUGAUCCAAUGGUCAAUGCAUUUAUCGCAUGUGGAACUGAAACCACAACAGUGGUGGCUAUAAAGAUGCUUGAGAAAGUGGGAUCCAACCUGAUUGAUGAGAAGAAAUUAUCGGAGAUAAUUGGAUGCGUGAAAGAGCUACAAAACCCCAGUAUUAUUACGCGUUUCUUAAAAAUAUUAAAGUGCGAAAAGGCAUUGCCAAUGCGGCUCAACGUAUACUCGGAGCUGAUUCAAAUGACCUUCAACAAUAAUCAUCUCUUAGGCAUCGUAGUUGAUCAUUUCUUGCAGGAAGAUGAACAGUUUUUGAAGAACAGUUCCAAACAUAUACAAAACUUGCUCUGUUAUGGCAUUACGUUGAAAGGUGAUCAAAGAGUUGAUUAUGAUUUGUGCCAACUAAUCUACAGUAAUGAUACAGAUUGGGUAAUGGCUUCACAUAUCAGAUUCAAAUUUCUCCACAAAUUACGGACAGGUUUUACCAGCAGUGGCUGCAGCACUUUCCUGAGCGACCUGCGCAAUUACCUAUUCAAAUUGAGUGCUGACUUGAAUUUGUCUAAGCCGCGAUAUUAUGCCGAUUCACAACAACAUCGGUCUAAAUUGCGUAUCAUGCAGGCGCUGGCGGUGUUAUUAUCCAAAUCAAACACCUGGGAUGGUCGCCUUCAAGCUGCCCUGCUCAAUGAAAAUAAUCAACCGAAUGUAACGUUCAUUUUGGAGCUUAUGAUUGGGAGAACGGUUGAUUCGGUUCACCUUAAAAAAUUGUUGCAAGAAGCUAAAUCGAAUAGUGCUCGUCAGUCAAUAUUUGUUAUCAUGUACUAUGUGUGCUCGCGAACAUCCAACAACGCAUUGGCUUUAACUUACAUAGAAAGUAUUCUUCCAUUCACCAUGGGUCAACAUUUCAACACACGUCUGUUCGCACAAAUUACUGUUGUAAAGAUUAUCGAAAAGUUCAAAAUGAACGUUCCGUCGAAUCAGUACAAUUCGGUGUACGAGCAAAUAAUGAACUCCUUUGGACAAGGAAACACGAAACAGAUAUCCGAAAAGUUCCUGCAAGAUUUCCGUUUCAAUUGCAUUGAUUGUACGGACCUGUUGAAUCCAAUUUAUUUCUUGUGCGAAAUUCCGCGUGUAACACAAAUGGCAAAGGAUGAACUGAUACCAUUGAGACUAGUGCAAAAGGAUGCAAACGACGACAAAUUUACGUUCAAGGAACCGUUCCACGUCAACAUCAAUAUGUGUGGCGCUCACAAUGAAAAUAUUGAUGGUGACGGUGGAAGCGGUAAUGUUCAAAAGAAAAUAAUUCCGAUGAAGAAUAUCGUACCGGAUGCUAAUCUGCUGGAAACAUUGCCGAAUCGUUUCGAUUCCGGUGACAGACAGGCGAACAAGGAGGGAAUGAUUGUCGUGGCCAGUCUUAUUUCUCGUUCACCGAAUUUGGGAGGACUGUCAAGGACUUGUGAAAUAUUCGGCGCCGAGCAAUUGAUAUUGGACUCGCUGAAGCAUGUGGAGAACAAAGAAUUUCAAUCACUGAGCAUGACUUCGGAGAAAUGGUUGAACAUUGGCGAAGUAAAAUCGUGGCAAUUGUUUGACUAUUUACUCUCUAUGAAAUCGAAAGGCUAUUACAUCAUCGGAGCAGAACAAACUGCCAACGGGAAAAUAUUAACGGAAUUGAAUUUCCCGAAGAAAACCGUUUUGUUGUUGGGAAACGAGAAAGAUGGCAUUCCCGCAAACUUGCUGUCAGUUUUGGACGUUGCCGUAGAAAUUCCACAGCUCGGCGUUGUUAGAUCGUUGAACGUGCACGUGUCGGGCGCUUUAUUUGUGUGGGAGUAUGCAAGGCAACAUCAUUUCUCUAGCUGAGGUCGAAUUUUCUCGAUUCCAUUUCGUCUUUAAGACAUCUCAGUUUUCCACUUUUUUGUUUAAAUUUCAUUCGAAUAAGAAAACAUAUUUUUUGAAGUACUAGAAGUCGUUUUC